UUUUUAGUGCAAUAGCAAAAGUGCAAACAGAAAGUCUGUAGAAAACUGUAGUAAACAUAUUUGUGCCUCCAAGGCCAUGACUGUAGGCUACAGUUGUAGUAAAACAGAACAAAAUGCCAUUUUCCAUUGGCAUUUUAUGACUAUUUUCUGACUCUCACAGUAAAACGGGACAAAGUGCGUCCCUUUUCAGCUCAAUACGGGACGUGCUUUAGUUUAUAAAUACGGGACGAUUCCGUUUUUCAAGGGAGCAUGGCUGAGUCGGACCCCGGGACAGCGAGCCCCGUGUCGGGGAAGAAGCGGGCGCAGCAGUCGCCCCGGUGCCGGUACCGGAGCUCCGCGCCGGGGCACCGCUUCAGGAGGGUGACCCUCACCAAGCCCACAUUCUGCCACGGCUGCAGCGACUUCGUCUGGGGCCUCAUCGGCUUCCUGUGUGAAGUGUGUAACUUCAUGUGUCACGAGAAAUGCCUGAAGACGCUGAAGACGGUCUGCUCCUGCAUGACCCCGUCCCUGGUCCAGGUGCCGGUGUCUCACUGCUUCGGUCCCGCCGGCCACAAGAAGCGUUUCUGCUGCGUCUGCAGGAAACAGACGGAGGGAAGUUCGGCGCUGCGCUGCGAAGUGUGUGAGCUCCACGUUCACGCCGACUGCGCCCCCUUCACCUGUGCCGACUGCCGGGUCUGUCACCAGGACGGGGUUCUGGACCAGGACCGGGUCCAGGACCAGGCCCAGCACCACUGGCGGGAGGGGAACCUGCCGGCGGCGGCGCGGUGCCAGGUCUGCCGCCGCUCCUGCGGCUCCUCCGAGGUUCUGGCGGGGAGCAGGUGCGAGUGGUGCGGCAUCACGAGCCACGCGGCGUGCCGCGCCGCCGUGCCCCCAGAGUGCACCCUGGGACGUCUGCGCGGCCUGCUGCUGCCCCCCCGCUGCGUCCGGCUGCAGGCCAGGAACUUCAGCAGGAGGCACCUGUACCGGGUCCCGGAGACCCCUGAGCAGGAUCACUCCGACGACGGUGAUCUGUCUGCUGCUGCGUCUAAAGACGGUCAACCGUCGACUCCAGAGACAGGAAAACAGUUUCUGAAGGUGUUUGAUGGCGACGAUGCGCUGAAGCGCAGCGCCUCCCGCCUGGUGUCCGUCUGUAGAGCCACGAGGAACGAAGACGUGGUGGUGAGAUCCCCGCUGAGGGCCUUCUACCUACCCGACGACCCGCAGGACUUCGAGCUGCACGACGGCGGCGGCCUGCAGCGUCUCCACGACGACGACGUCCUCAACCGCAACGGCGGCGGUUCCCUGAAGGACGGUGGCGACGCCUGGAUCCUGACGGCCCGACCGCAGGACGCCGCCGUCAUCCAGGUGUUCGCCGGCUGGUCCAGGUCGUGCUCCUCCUUCGCUUCGGUCUCCGUCUCGGAGAAGAGCACAGCGGCGUCGGUCCUCAGCGAGGUCCUGGCUCUGCUGGACAGACAGGGUGAAGACGCCUCCAACUUCAGCCUCCAGGAGGUCAACAUGAGCAGCAAGCAAGUUCAAAGACAGAUGCUGAGUCCUCGGGAGAACGUUCUGGAGAAACUGCGGGGGAUCAGGAAGCUGUCGCUGCGGCAGAUGAACCAGACCCGGUUCUACGUGGUGGAGAACAGGAACCGGACGGUGCAGGUGAACCUGCUGAUCGGAGGACUGCCCCCCCUGCUGACCAAAGACGAGUACGUCCAGCUGAUCCAGGAGCACCUGGCCAUCAAGGGUCACCUGGUCGCCUUCAGCCAAAUCUACGGCAGUCAAGGGGCGGCGGCGCUGCAGAUCUCCUGUUUCUCUGAAGCUGAGAGGAUCUACAUGCUGGCCAAAGACACGACCAUCAACAGCAAGACGCUCACCUCGCUGGUCAUUCCGGAGGUCCAGCACCAGGAGCUGGGACCCGACGUCUGUCCUCUGCUGGUCUUCGUCAACCCCAAGAGCGGCGGCCUGAAGGGCCGGGAACUGCUCUACAGCUUCCGGAAGAUCCUGAACCCCCACCAGGUCUUUGACAUCUGCAACGGGGGCCCGCUGGCCGGCCUCCACACGUUCAGGGAGGUCCCCCGGUUCCGGGUGCUGGUCUGCGGGGGCGACGGGACCGUGGGCUGGGUUCUGGGAGUCCUGGAGGCCGUGAGGCACAAGCUGGUCUGCCGAGAGCCGCCCAUCGGCAUCGUGCCGCUGGGAACUGGUAACGACUUGGCCCGGAUCCUGCGCUGGGGGGCUGGUUACAGCGGCGAGGACCCCCACCACAUCCUGGUAUCUGUGGACGAGGCCGAUGUGGUUCUGAUGGACCGCUGGACCAUCCUGCUGGACGCCCAGGAGAUCGGAGAAGACGGCAAGGAGAACGGCUUCCUGGAGCCACCAAAGAUCGUCCAGAUGAACAACUACUUCGGUCUCGGCAUCGACGCCGAGCUCAGCCUGGACUUCCACCUGGCCCGGGAGGACGAACCGGACAAGUUCACCAGCAGGUUCCACAACAAAGGUGUGUACGUGAAGGUGGGCCUGCAGAAGAUCAGCCACAGCCGGAGCCUCCACAAGGAGCUGCAGCUGCAGGUGGACUCCCAGAACGUCCCGCUGCCCAACAUCGAGGGGCUGAUCUUCCUCAACAUCCCCAGUUGGGGAUCUGGUGCUGACCUGUGGGGAUCGGAGGUGGACGGUCGCUACGGGAAACCGCGCAUCGACGACGGCCUGCUAGAGGUGGUGGGCGUCACCGGAGUCGUACACAUGGGUCAGGUGCAGAGCGGGAUGCGUUCAGGAAUCCGGAUUGCUCAAGGGAACUACAUCCGGCUGACGGUCAGCAAGCCCAUCCCGGUCCAGGUGGACGGGGAGCCGUGGAUCCAGCCGCCGGGACACAUCAUCAUCUCCGCCGCCGGGCCCAAGGUCCGGAUGUUGAGGAAGUCCAAGCAGAAGCAGAAGAAGUCUUCAGCGAACGCCAGAGACUCUGAAAGUCCGUCCUCCCGAGACGGACGACUCUGAGCAGCUCACCUGAGGACCGGGCGCCGCCCCCUUCACCUGCUUCCUGUGGCGAUGCCGCCGUGACGCCGCCGGCAUGAACCCACCCAUGUAGCUUUGUAGCGACGCUAACGGCCGCCGCGGAUCCACCUGAAGACGGGAGGCGGUCUCGGAUCGUCUCCGGCUCAACCGCCUCGGGUGGCGGUUCAUUCCUGCUCUUUGAUGUUCUGACCAUCGCAGACGUUAGCGUGAAGCGUUGUUGACAUUCCACCACAUACGUGAUGCUGCACCGCUGAUGUCGACGUUCCGAACCGUGUUGAGCUCAAAUCACUCACUCCGACCACACGGGGGCGCAGCUCUGCCGGAGCCGCCCCCGGGUGGUCACGCCUGGCGCUGCUACGACGAGCGGCUACGCCUGAAGGUUUUUGUUUUAAACUUCCUUCCAACGUAAACGUGCAGAAACAGACUCGUGUCGGGUUCACGUGUCGUAAUAACUUAUGAAUAACGAGCAGCUACGGGAGGACGGCGUCCUCGACGCCGGUGUCGUGACCGAAAACACCGAACCUCUCCGGAUCAACCUGACGGGCGGCUGGUGUUGAAACACGCUGCCAAAGCAGAACCCUCCUCCUUCUUCUUCUUCGACGCCUUUUAAAACAUUUGUUUUAGUGGUUUUCGGGAGCUUCACGAAGCUAACCCGAAGCUAGCCCGAAGUUAACCCGAAGCUAGCCCGAAACGGUCCACUCGGACCGAGCUGUGCCGAGCUACUGAUGAUCCGGCAGCGCUGAGCAUUCGCACAGUCGGAGUCCGGUUUUGUGGUCUGGAACAAAACUGGAACCGAAACAUUUAAUCUUAUUAACGCAGCUUUUUCCGACAAAGAGAAAUCCUGAUUAACUGUUUUGAGAAUUAACGAAGCUUGCAGCUGAUAUAAGAGCCGGUGUUUGUAGCAGCGCUACUUCUGACCGGUCUGGGUCGGCCUCCGAGGGUUCGGGGGAUAACCGUCGUCUAGUGUUUAUGAAUACCGACGAAAUGGAGCAAGCAGCGGUACGAUGCUACCAACGUGUAAAUCCGGCUAGCGUGACAUCGGUGACGGUUCGUCCGGUUCUCUUGAGGCGGCGUAGAGGUGGUGACCUCUAGUGGGGCGGAGUGGUAUUACACGGCUCCGUCCCCGUUCAUUAGCCCAGUAAUACGGGGGGACUCUGACAUCACGGCUUCACCGUGGCCCCCGUGUGGACAGAAGUGGCAUUACUACAUACAGUGGCUAACGCGAUCGUAAACGCCGUCAUCGUGUCGUCACCCAGCAACUCCAGCUGAGCCGAUCUUUCCUCAACGUUAUGACUUUUCUCCGUUUAUUUAAACAGAUUUUAAUAUUUAAUUUGAUUGUAAUCGAGUUGAAGAUAAGAGAUAAUCCAGAUACGGUGUGUGGGUUUAGCGGGGGGGGUACUAACUUUAGGGUUUUAAGGACUAAAUCCUCCGGAGUUACAUCACACUCCCUCCAGAACUUUAAGAGAAACUCGCAUCGAGGCUCCGUUCCUGCCGGCGGGCCGAUGUUAGAUAUUAGAUACUAUAAGUGUAUUUUUAUUGAUCGUCUGAACAGAUCUGGGUCAGAAAUGACAUGAAAAGUAGUUUUGUAGAUAUUUUAACGUUCGUUGUGUCUUAAAACCCCGUCGAGAUGCCUUUGUCACGUCCUGCAGAGAGAUCAGGCUUGUGGGCGGGGCCAGAUCCGCUGGGACCAGCCAAUCAGAGAGGGC